CCCUCUGCUGCUCAUCAUAGACUAAUAUAACACUUGUCUUCCAGCUUUCACUUACAGUCUUUACACCAGAUACGGUUUGGAAAUCCGUUCUUCCUACUACAAGUGCGGUAAGAACAAACAGCUUAUUCAGUAUUAUUUCGAUUCCUGAACUCAAGCAGUGUCAGUUAUGGCAGAAGAGGGGCAUAGUUUUCAGAAUGUGACAGAGCCUUCUGAUUCCAACAGGAAAAAUGAUUCCAUUACAAGAGAUGAAGACCCUGAAGACAUAGAAAAAUACAAAUAUAAAAUGGAUUAUCCUGAGAAGGGAUUAUGUGUCAUUAUAAACAUAGAAAGCUUGCAUCCUGACCUAGUUUUAAAAGAAAAUCUAAAAACAGGAGAUCGACCAGGUACCCAUAAAGAUGUGGAAUCACUCAGCGAGGUCUUUAAAAGUUUUGGAUUCCAAGUAAAAAUUGAGAACAAUGCAACAGUUAAAAGAAUAUGUGAAGUAAUGAAGGGCGUUGCCAAGGAAGAUCACAGUCAGAGAGGUUGCUUUGUUUGUGUUGUAUUAAGCCAUGGAAAAGAUGGAGGAUUUUACCUGUAUGAUGAUUUCAUGACAGAAGAGUACCUGUUUAACCUAGUCAAAGGAGAAAGCUGCAAGCAACUAGUUGGCAAGCCAAAACUUUUCUUUAUUCAGGCAUGCAGAGGAUUCAAGCGCGAUAGUGGUGUGACUCCCUAUGCAAGUAUCGCCACAACAUCCACUGGUAAAAUUCCAAUAGAAGCCGACUUUCUUUACCACUACUCUACUUGCCAAGGUUAUGUGUCAUUCAGAAACACGUUUUCUGGCUCCUGGUUUAUUCAGUCGCUGUGUGAGAUGCUGAAAAAGUAUGGGAAGAAGUAUGAGCUGAUGCAGAUUUUAACACGUGUAAACCACAAAGUUGCAUUUGAAUAUGAAGCAAAUAAAGAAAAAGAAAAAGAAAUGCCUUGUAUUGUCAGCAAACUUACUAAAGAUGUCUAUCUGUAAGAGAAAAAACACCCAUUCAACAUGAGGAAUCUUUUUCAUUAGAUCAUUAAGAAAAUCAACUAGACUGAACCAUUGCUGUUACUGAAGGAUACAUUUGUGAUAUUGAUUCCUAAUAAAAAUAAUAAUGAAUACCA